AUGUCGUCAAAUGCCGUCUUACAAUCUAUCUAUCUAUCUAUCUAUCUAUCUAUCUAUCUAUCUAUCUAUCUAUCACUUCCGUUACCCUUUGUUUUUUUGUUUCUAUCUAUCUAUCUAUCUAUCUAUCUAUCUAUCUAUCUAUCUAAUUCUGUUCAUGUAAAUUUAUUUAUCUGUUUCUGUUACGAUAAAUCUAACCACUGUUCACAUCUAUCUAUCUAUCUAUCUAUCUAUCUAUCUAUCUAUCUAUCUAUCUAUCUAUCUAUCAUAUUUCAUUCAUUUCUUAUCUAUCUAUCUAUCUAUCUAUCUGCUUUUUAUAUCUAUCUCGUUUUUCCUAUCUAUCUAUCUGUCUAUCUAUUUAUCUAUCUCGGUCGCAUAUGGCUUGAUCUGUAUAUCUCUUUUUAUCUAUCUAUCUAUCUAUCUAUCUAUCUAUCUAUCUAUCUAUCUAUCUAUCUGUUUUUAUACAUAUCUAGCCUGCUAUCAAUUAAAGAUACAGCUUUAUAUCUAUCUUAUAUCUAUAUACUCGACUCUCCCCGUCGACUUCUAUCUAUCUAUCUAUCUAUCUAUCUAUCUAUCUAUCUAUCUAUCUAUCUAUCUAUCUAUCUAUCUCAACGCAUAUGA